CUGUCGCUGCCUCAGGAGCAAGAUGUCGAGCACGGCGGAGGUACCAACAGAAGAUGCAGCGGGGGAGUGGGGAAAGAAUCCGGCAUCGAAGGUCGAAAAGAAACCGGCGCCGGAGAAGGACAAGAAUUCAACAAGGGAGGACGGCGGAAUCGGCGUCAACCUUAUGCUGGGCAAGGAGCAGCAUGAAAUAGACCCACAAGCUCAGAAUAGUCGCAAUGACAAGAAGACCUUGGAGCCAAUAGAAGCGGAGGAGCCAGCAAGCGAGGGUAGUAGUGCAGCGAUCAAAAACAGGGAACAUAUCUCGUUAUCAAAUAAGGCUGGGUCAUAUCUGCCAAGUGACGUUGUUCAGACUCAGUUACUAGCUAUUCCAGAGGAAGAGGCUGCCUCAAAAAAGCUCAUUCACUGUGUGUUCCAGAGGAAGAGGAUGCCGCAAAAAACUUGCAAAUGA